AUGUCGCUUGUCAAGGCUCCCGCGAACCUGCCGGAUCUCGUUAAAGCAGCCUUCAAUAAGGCUCGAGCCAAUGCCGACUUGAACUACUAUGCGACCCAAGUCACCGUCCUCAAUGCGAACUCGAUCCCUUUCCAGCUUCGUUUUUCUCCCGCAUUAGCAAACAAACCGACUGCCCCCAAGCCAAAGACCGACGAACCACGCAAGCCCUUCGACCCUUUCGAGAACCCCGAGAAUGGCCCGCUGUUCAUCGCCGACAUCCCCUCUUCCGGGCACAAUCUCGUCCUGAACAAGUUUGCCAUCGUUCCCGAGCACUUCAUUCUUGCGACGAAGGACUUCAAAGAACAGACCGACAUGUUGGAGCCAAUCGAUCUAGCCGCGACCUACGCGUGUAUCGAGGCGUACCGGCAGUACGGUGAAAGUCACGGCGGAAGCAAUGGCGAGCUCUACGCCUUCUUCAACAGUGGAUCGCACUCCGGAGCCAGCCAGCCACACCGGCAUAUUCAGCUCCUGCCAGUUGCUCGCAUGAAGGACGGGCUGCCGGAGGGCUCUAAAUGGGAUGUUCUGGCCAAGCAGCUCGGGCAGCCCCGCGUCAGUGGUGUGCCGUUUACGACGUUCGGAGAACAGAUCCAUCGCAGUAUGACUCCGGACGAGCUCCACUCAAUUUACAUAUCCCUCUUCAAGUCAGCCGUUGCUGCGGUCGAGGCCCACGCCGGGAAACUGGACAACCCCAGUAACGGUGAGUCGCAAAUCAGCUACAACCUCGCGAUGACAAGCAGUUCUCUGGUGGUAAUGCCGCGAUUGGCAGAGGGCUACACUCUGUUGGAGCAAGGCAAACCAGUGGGAAAGCUCAACCUCAACGGCACCGUACUGGCAGGAACCGCUCUUGUCAAGAAUGAAGACGAGUGGAAUGCUCUCGGAGUGAAGGGCGAGGACAAGCAAUUGUUCGACGUGCUUUCAAAGAUUGGGGUCCCGAACACCGCUGGCCACAGCAAGAAGCUCUAA